GAACAGAGCGCGAGUCGGCAGCAUUUGACCCUCCUCUUGACUACUACGUCUCGACUCCUUGUUCGUGGAAAUUGGAGGCCACUCUGAAUUCCGGUUCGACUCUUCAUUCAGCCGCCCUGUUCCGUCUCUUUCUCAGGUCCUCCGUGGGUCUCGGGUAUCUGUACCGCUGUCGUGAUCACUUUUUGAAAUUGGCAGUUUCCCCACCGUUCCUCGGUAUCAGUCUUUCCCCCCGACAGUCCCGGCCCCGGCCAUGGCGGCGAGUGCGAAGCGAAAGCAGGAAGAGAAGCAUCUAAAGAUGCUGCGGGAGAUGACGAGCCUGCCGCCCAACAGAAAGUGCUUCGACUGCGACCAGCGCGGCCCGACUUACGCCAACAUGACUGUGGGCUCGUUCGUCUGUACCACCUGCUCCGGUAUUCUACGAGGGCUCAACCCCCCCCACAGAGUGAAGUCUAUCUCCAUGACGACCUUCACGCAGCAAGAAAUAGAAUUUCUGCAGAAACACGGCAACGAGGUGUGUAAACGGAUAUGGCUGGGUCUGUAUGAUGACAGAACAUCAGCUAUACCAGACUUCCGUGAACCACAGAAAGUCAAAGAGUUCCUUCAAGAAAAAUAUGAGAAAAAAAGAUGGUACGUCCCCCCGGAUCAGGCCAAAGUGGUGGCCUCUGUCCACGCCUCCAUCUCGGGCUCCUCUGCCAGCAGCACCAGCAGCACCCCCGAGGUGCGCCCCCUCAAAACCCUGCUGGGAGAAUCGGCCCCCACCCUGCACCUCAACAAGAGCACACCCAGUCAGUCGCCGGUGGUGGCUCGCACCCAGGGCCAGUCGGUGGCCGGGCAGUUCCAGGAGAAGAAGUUCGACCUCCUCAGUGACCUGGGCGGAGACAUCUUUGCGGCCCCGCCCUCCCAGGCUGCAGGCUCGGCAAAUUUUGCAAACUUUGCGCAUUUCAACAGCCAUCCAGCUCAGAGCGCUGCACAAGCAGACUUUGCAAACUUUGAUGCGUUUGGAAACUCCGGUGCAGCAGCUCAUUUUCCCCCUGCACCUCAACCUGUGUCCCAGCCCCCUCACACAGGUAGCACCCCCGGAUUAGCUAAUGCCGGCUUUGCAAAUUUUGACAACUUCCCCAAAUCCUCUAGCGCCGACUUCGGCUCCUUGAGUUCGUCGCAGAGCGACUCGGCAGGGGUCCCCAGAGCAGGCGUAGACAGCGCGAGCGUCCCCGCGGAUAGAUACGCCGCUCUGGCUGACCUGGAUAACAUCUUUAGCUCUGCCAAACCUGAGCCAGGCGUGCCCAGCGGCGUGAGCUCCGCCCCUGCCUCCGCGGGGGUGGGGCCUCCUCAGGCGCCGCCCCCCGGGCUGGGCGGAGACCGCUACGCCGCGCUGGCCGAGCUGGACAACGUGUUCAGCUCCUCCGCCCCCACAGCCAGCGUGUACAGCACCUGCAGCACUGCCCCGGGGAAUGUUUUUGGCGCCGUUACCGGGGUGACGCCCUCCCAGGCACAGCAGGUGGUACCCAGCAUGCCCCAGGGUUUUGGAGCUCCCUCAACGAACCCGUUUGUAGCUGCCGUUGCCCCAGCGACUGCUCCUACCAACCCCUUCCAGACCAAUGGGAGAGCCGCAGCAGUGGCAGCAGCCACAUUUGGCACAGGCUCCAUGAGCAUGCCAGCGGGAUUCGGGAACCCCGCCGCCUACAACCUCCCCACCAGCUUCAGCGGAACGUUCCAGCAACCCCUCCCAGGACAGGCUCCCUUCCCCCAGCCUCAGGCUUACCCACCACAGCCCAACGGUGCAGGCUUCGCAGCGUUCGGACAGGCUAAGCCCAUGGUGACCCCGUUUGGGCAGCAGUUGGCGGGUCCCGGCAUGUCGAGUAACCCCUUCUUGGCUGGAGCCCCUACAGGACAGUAUCCGGCAGGAGGUUCCUCCACAAACCCCUUCUUAUAGCGUGCCUCCCACGAGCCACCACUAGGGGCCGACACCUGGAGCCCGCACACACCUCUUGCACUGUUUUGUUUCACAAGUAGCUUUAAAACAUGUUUCUAAAACUUGUAUUUUCUAUUGAGUUUUAAAAACGACAAACGGCGGCGACAACAUCAAUGACAAAACAGAACAAGGUAACGGUGUGUCGAAGGAUGGUCUCACCACAUCCUGUAUUUAACCUGUGAACUGGUCCCACACCCACAGAGCCACAUGUAUAUUCAAACUGGCUAAUGCUAAGUUAUUGCAAAUACCACAUUCGUUAUGCUGCAACUCUGUACAUAUUUUUCUUAGAAAUUUUGCUCUUUGUGCAUAUCAGUAUUGGUAACUUUACCACAUGUAUGUUACAGGGAAAAAAAGCAUUGGGCUACUGAGAAUUUCUGUAUUUGUGGAAAAAGAAAAAAAAACAAGGAAACAAAUCGAUACAGGUGGUUUGGAUCAGUAGGUACAACAGACUCUGCAAAAACAAAAACAGAAAAAGAAAAAAAGAGGAAAAUGCUUUGUGUUCCAUUUCCACGGUGGGAAAGAGUGUGGCUCUUCCCUCACCUGUCCAGAGGCUCGUGACUCCGCCCCCGGACUUGGCUACCUGCCUGCAGCUUCCUCCAGGACCUUGCCGGCCAAUCUCCUGCCACGUCCUCAGGUGCUCACUCAGUCAGCACAGACUAAGACCACUUAUGUUGGGUGUUAAGGAAAUUUAAGUUAAUCUGUACAUAUAUAUUAAAAUGAAUUUUAACUAAAAAAAAAAACAAAAACAAACUCUUUUGUAUUUCUGUACAACUCAUUCAUGUGUUGAAACAUUUUUGUAAAAUAGAGAGAUUUAUAAAUGGCUAUCAUUAUUCAGACGUUGCACUCUUAUUGGACACGGAAGGUUUGGCCCCGCCUCGGGGGCACGGUGAAAGGAGAUGAUUGGCUGGGUAGGAAGUCGUGGUGACAGGAGCACAUGCAGCCCUGGGAAAUCUGAUAUAUAUUUCUAGCUCUAUUGUAAUAGCACUUUUCAUCUGCCUUGUAUUUAGAUUUUACUUUUAAUUAAGAAUAAAAAGUGAAGGCAAAAGCAAUCACA